AGAUUGGGUGUUUGCGUUGUGGGCGUGUACAGCAUGUUCCUGGUGAUGAUUUUGCAAGGAAACAUCUCUGUUCCGUUCCGGUCCAUCAUCCGCCCCACUUUGGAGAAGUUUGACUCCCCGCUUUUCAUCAAUACACUCCAAAGUGCAUGCUGCACUUUAGCUGCGUUUAUGUAUCUCCUUCUGCGACAGUCGCGUGGUGACACCGUAUUUGUCACAUUAGGUCUCUCCAAGCCUCUCCGACAUCGAUCAUCUCCUCGUCAGCCGGCGCACAAAGUAGCAAACGGAUCAUCUCCCAGAAAGGAUAUGGACAAUUCUCGGAUAAAGAAAGAAGAUCUUAACACCAACGGUCACCACCGAGGGGGUUACGAUGGACAUGCCCCAGUUUUAAAGUACUCGGCGAAGGAGGUCAUACUUCGGUACUUACAGUGCUCUGUUCUCAUCACUGUCGCAUCACCGUUCGGCUUCGCAUCUUUGUCGCAUAUUUCGUAUCCGACAAUGGUACUUGCGAAAUCGUGCAAAUUGGUGCCGGUCAUGAUCAUGAACGUGCUUUUGUAUCGUCGCAAGUUUGCCUUGCACAAAUAUGUCGUCGUCGCGAUGGUGACGCUAGGCAUUGGCAUGUUCAUGGGAUUUGGAACUUCAAAGAGUGGCGAAACCGGUUCUCGGUCAAGUAUCUAUGGCCUCAGUCUCCUUAUUGUCAAUCUCGCAAUCGAUGGCGCUACCAACUCGACACAAGAUGAGAUAUUCUCACGGUAUCGAGUCAAUGGCCAGCAGAUGAUGUUCUUCAUAAACUUGUUCUCCACCGCACUGACAACAGGCUUGCUGGUUAUGCCUCUGCCUUUUAUUCCGGUAAUUCACCCGUCACAUUCUAUGACUCCCGAGUUGUUCGCAGCCAUAGAUUUUAUCCGUACACAUCCUUCCAUCAUCAUACCAUUAGGGCAAUAUGCCUUGACUGGUGCUCUUGGUCAGCUUUUUAUCUUUGAAACACUGCAACACUUUGGUUCUCUCACCUUGGUAACAAUCACAUUGACGCGUAAAAUGUUCACCAUGGUCCUGUCAGUGUUUGUAUACAAUCAUCGUUUGACCUUCGGACAAUGGGCUGGUGCCGGUGUUGUCUUCGCUGGCAUCGUGCUUGAAGCCUGGGUGAAGCGGAAUGAUAUACAUGCGAAACGUGUUUUACAAGAGAAAGAAAAAGCGAAACUGAAAUCGCUUUGA